AUACUGUCAUAUUAUUGACGUGAUACGUAUACUGUCACAUUCUUAACGUGAUGAGUAUAGUGUCACAUUAUUGACGUGAUGAGUAUACCGUCAUAUUAUUGACGUGAGGCGUAUAAUGUCAUAUUAUUGGCGUGAUGAAUAUACUGUCAUAUUAUUGACGUGAGGCGUAUACUGUCGUAUUAUUGACGUGAUGAGAUAUUAUUGACGUGAUGAGUAUGGUAUUCGGUGAUCACUUGCACACGCCCUUUAUCAACGUGUUGCUACAAUCAACGACACAUUCUGUUUGAAUGUACAGUGUAUCUUUGAUAUUACGAGGACAUAUCACUCCAACUACGGCCCACAAUCAGAACCAAUACACGAUACAAGAGCAGGUGUUACUACCUGUCACUACCUGUGCGGGUGAUGGGGUUAGUAGCCUACGCGCAUACCCAACAGUACAAUCGCGCUUACACUCGGCUCACUGGGAUAUCGUGUGCUAUCCUAUCCCACCCUACAGGGCAUCUGUUGAAAACCCUGGCAAUAGACGAGAAGCUCGGAGAUGCAUGCGUGAGCCAAGACGGGCGUUAUUUGGUCACGGGAGGGAACAACGGCUGUGUGGUCGUGCGGCUGGUUGAUAAUUUGAGCAUCAUACACGUGUACGAAGCCAUGGCCCCAGCCAUACGAAGCUUGGCGAUCUCGUCUUGUGAACGUUGGAUAUAUGCAGGCGCUGAUGACGGGGCGUUAACGCUAUACAAAACAGCCAUGCCGCACUGGCACAUGGUAGCGUUAACGCGCUUGUCAUGAAGCGAACCGGGUAUCUUGUGUCUAGAUUUUCAGCAAGUACCAGAGAAUCGGUACAAUGUCCACAGAAUUUCGAAUGUUCUUGGUGCAUCGCCCGAAAUAAUAAACGAACUGGCGCAACUCUCAUUGUGCUGUGCACGAGAGGGGCAGUUAAACCCCAAAUCGGUUCGUUGUAAUCGUCUGUGGGUUGGUGCUAUCUGACAAGGCUCAAUUUAAGACCCCAGUGUUCGGACAGUAAUUCGACGA